CACUUCCUUCAAAUACACAUCACCAACAUGUACGCCGAACGGCAGCUGGCAUACGCGCCGACUCCGUACAGCUACACUCCCACCUCAACACUCUCGGCCACUAUCAAUGUUGAUGAGGAGCUCAAACUCGCAAACAACAGCGCCGAACGUGACCUCUAUGAAUCGCUGGCUGAGAUAUACAGCAUCAUUGUUACUCUGGAAGCACUCGAGAGGGCUUUUCUCAAAGACUCGAUUUCUGAGACUGACUACACCGACACAUGCAGUCGAUUGCUGAAGCAAUACAAGUCCAACCUAGCAGAUGACUCGGUCGCCAGAGCCUUUGGAAGCCUGGAUUCUUUCAAGCUGGAAUGGAACCUUGAAGUUCCUCGUGCCACUGAUCGUCUGAAGAUUGGUUUGCCAGCUACUGUAGAGGCUCCUUCACGUGCACCUGGUGCUCAAUCCGGCGGUGGAGCUGGUGCGAAUGCUACCCACAUCGUAUCAGCUUCGGAGAACUUUAUCACUCUCUUUGAUGCUAUCAAGAUGAACAUGCUUUCCAAGGACACACUUCAUCCCAUCCUUGUUGAGACUAUCCAAGCCGUCAACAAGGUCACGGACCAAGACUUUGAGAACAAGGCCAAAAUAGUACAGUGGCUCAUCACUCUCAAUCAGAUGCGCGCUGCUCAAGAACUCUCCGACGAUCAAGCUCGCGACCUUCAAUUCGACAUGAAUCUGGCAUAUGAUGGCUUCAAAGCGACUCUUGAAAUUAUCCAUCAACGAGCGUCACUCUCAUUAUCAACCAGAAUGUCUGACUCUACCAACAACCAUGCAUCGCAGCAGUCAGACCAAGAUGGGGAGAUUUACACCAAGCCUUCGUCACAGCAGCUACUAGACACAUUAUCCCUACUCAGCCUAGAACCUCAGUCAUGGGACAAGACCGCCGCCCAGUCUAAGCCUAAAGUGCGCUCUAACGGCGUUCCUCAAUACCUCACACGAAUCGUCUCGAGCCCGCUGGACUGGAUUGAAGAUGACGUAGAGAAAGAGAAGAUUUGGGAUUCUGCUUCAUUGCGCUUGAGUGAACGUUCUGGUCGUACCGGUAUGGGUGCCAUUAGUCGUUCCUUUCGGAUACCACUCGCUGCCGACACUACCAAUAGCUCAAGCACAAUGAAGCCAGUCAUCACUACAUCGCACGAACAAGAUACGACCGUCCAAGUCAGCAUUCAUGAACCUGCGCUUACUGAAGACAAUCUUGGUCUAAAGACGUGGGCCUCUUCAUUUGUCUUUGCCCGGAACUGGCAUACCCUACGCGAUCGCAUUCCUUUGAUCUUUGACAAGGAUGAGACUGCAACAAUUUUGGAGUUAGGCGCAGGCACAGGUCUUGUUGGUAUCGCCGCAGCAGCUGUACUUGGUGCAAAUGUGCUCUUGACAGACUUGCCUGAAAUUGUGCCAAAUCUCGAAAGGAACAUUGCCUCGAAUAGAGACAUGAUCGAGUCGAGGAAUGGAUCUGCUCGCGCCGCUAUGCUUGACUGGACUGUGCCGGAGAAAAUAAUCUGCCCUGAGGAUGCGGAGGAACCAAGACGUCCGCUUGUCGCCGAGGGAAAAAGUUCAAGAUAUUCUCUGGUUGUUGCUGCCGACCCUAUCUACUCCAAAGAACAUCCUGCCUGGCUGGUCCAGACAAUCAACUGUCACCUUGACCAAGGCCCUGAUGCUCGCGUUCUGAUCCAGAUACCAAUCCGUGAUGCUUAUGCAGAAGAGCGCGCAGACCUCAAGGACCGAAUGAUCAAAAUUGGCUUGGAACUAUGCCAUGAGCAAACAGAAACAGGAUAUGAUGAUUGGAGUGAUGGCCAGGGUGAAGAACUAAGUGAAGUCGAGUGCUGGUUGGGCAUGUGGAAAUGGAAGGAUGCUUAG